AUGAAAAAAUCAUAUACUUUUAUAAAUGUGACAAUAUUGUUGUUCUUGACACUUUUAUUAUUCCUCACUUAUUAUAAUUAUGAUACCUUUUCUAAAACAAAAUUCAAUAAUAAUAUCAAAAUUGACAUAAACAGAUUUAAAAGAAUUAUAGCCGAAGCAAGUGAAGAACAGAAAUAUCCUUGGGAAGAAGACUUUUGUUUAAUAUUAAAUGAGGAAGAGUUAAUAAGACCUGAACAUAAUGACUCACCUUACUUACCCGAACAUUAUGAGAAUAUAGAUAAAAUAAAUGAACUAAGUAUUAACUCAACAAAAAUAUGGAAAGAAACUAUUAAAAAGAUGAGACAAAAUUAUGAAAAAGAAACAGAUAAUAUGAAUCAUAAUUGGAGAGAUUUUAUGUGGCAUUAUAAAUGGGCAAAUAUAUAUUUAUACAAAGUACAUAAACUUAUUAAUAUAACUCUUAAAGAUUUAACAAACCCUAUACAUGAUAAAGAAGAAACUAUAACAACCUGGAUAAAAUGGAUACAAGAAGAUAUUGAAUAUUUUUUAUUUAAUCUACAAGUAGAAUGGCUUAGAAUUUUAACUCUAGAAUUGUUUUAUAAAAAUAAAGAAUAA